CUGGUGCUGAAUGGGCGCGAGCGCUGCGCCGGGGGCGGGCGGGGGCGCGGGGCCCUGGACUGGAGGCGGGCCGGCGCCCCCUCCCUAGCAUGCGGACGAAGGCGGCCGGCGGCGCGGAGCGGCGUCCCCUGCAGCUGCGAACGGAGGCGGCGGCGGCGGCGGCACCUGCCGGCCGAGCAAUGCCCAGUGAGUAUAACUGUGUGAAACUGAGAAGCGAUUGCUCAAGACCCUCUCUGCAAUGGUACACCCGAGCUCAAAACAAGAUGAGAAGACCCAACUUGUUGUUAAAAGACAUCCUCAAGUGUAUAUUGCUUGUGUUUGGCGUGUGGAUCCUUUAUAUCCUCAAGUUAAAUUAUACUACCGAAGAAUGUGACAUGAAAAGAAGGCAUUACGUAGACCCGGACCGUGUAAAGCUAAAAACCACAUAUCACCCUGAGGACUGCAUUUUGUGCUGUGUAGUUAAUUAUGGCCAAAUAUGCUUCUCUCUGACUCUGCAGACCUGCGCUCACAUAGCUAAGAGAGCUCAGAAAUAUGCUCAGCAAGUCUUGCAGAAGGAAUGCCGACCGAAGUUUGCAAAGAAGUCCAUGGCGCAGUUGUUUGAGCACAGGUACAGCAUGGACUUACCGCCUUUCGUGAAGGAGGCCCCCAAAGUGAAUGAAGCCGAGUACAAGUACGAUCCUCCUUUUGGAUUCCGGAGGUUCUCCAGCCAAGUCCAGAGCCUCUUGGAGAUAUUGCCUGAGCACGACAUGCCUGAACACUUAAAAGCAAAGAGCUGUAGGCGUUGUGUGGUUAUCGGAAGCGGCGGGAUACUGCACGGACUAGCACUGGGCCAUGCCCUGAACCAGUUUGAUGUUGUGAUAAGGUUAAACAGUGCACCAGUUGAGGGAUAUUCAGAGCAUGUUGGUAAUAAAACUACCAUAAGGAUGACUUACCCAGAGGGUGCGCCACUGUCUGACCUUGACUAUUAUUCCCAUGACUUGUUUGUUGCUGUUUUAUUUAAGAGUGUUGACUUCAACUGGCUUCAAGCAAUGGUGAAAAAUGAAACCCUGCCAUUUUGGGUGCGACUCUUCUUUUGGAAGCAGGUGGCGGAAAAAAUCCCACUACAGCCAAAACAUUUCAGGAUUUUGAAUCCAGUUAUUAUCAAAGAGACUGCCUUUGACAUCCUUCAGUACUCAGAGCCCCAGUCAAGGUUCUGGGGCCGAGAUAAGAACGUCCCCACCAUUGGUGUAAUUGCUGUUGUCUUAGCCACACAUCUGUGUGAUGAAGUCAGUUUGGCAGGCUUCGGAUAUGACCUCAAUCAACCCAAAACACCUUUGCACUACUUUGACAAUCUCUGCAUGGCUGCCAUGAACUUUCAGACCAUGCAUAAUGUGACAACAGAGACCAGGUUCCUCCUAAAGCUGGUCAAAGAGGGCGUGGUGAAGGACCUCAGCGGAGGCAUCCAUUGUGAAUUCUGAACACAGAGAAACCUCACUUGAAAAUGCAGCUCUGACUCUGAAGGCUGUUUUUCCUAGCCUUCUUGAUCCAUUUCAUCCUGCAAAUACUUUGAAGUGCAGCUGGUGUUUUUAACUUUUAAUUUAAGAAAAAAAAAGUUUAGCUCUUCCCACUUUGCCCCCCCCCCCCACCUAUUUAUUUGAGGUCAGUGUUUUUGCACAAACUUUUGUAAGUUAAUUUUGAGAAUUGAAUGGGAAAGACUUUUCAAAGAGACUUGUAUGUAAUGAUGUUUUAUUGAAUUUUAAGAACGUUAUUUAAUUUGUAAAAACUCUGUCCAUGUCUACUGCACACAGAAUACCGGGUAAUUAAGUGGAAGGAGAAUGGAGGUCACUCCUUUGAUGAGAGUCCUGAAUGCCUGAUUCUGGUUCCUUGUUACUGUUUGGUAGGACAGAUGUCGGGGGCACUUCCAGGAUGAUGUGCUCAGUAGCUAAACCACUAGUCCUGGUUUGGCCAUGCUGCUGCGUGAGGCCUGGGUCAGUUGGAGAAGUUCACGGUCCCUUUCUGUUGUCGGGUCUGCCUUCUGUCAGAAGACUUGCAGGAAACAACCAGGGGAAACAACGUCCGUGGUCGGGGAGGGACACAGAAGACAUUUUCUAGGUCUCCUGCAUUCUCUGAAGCCACCUUAGGCUACAGAAGCCACCGCCUUCCCUGAAAUGAUGACAAAUCUUGAAUUUCUUGAGGCUUUUUUUUUUACUGCCCUUCCCAAGCACUUCAGCGUUAACCUGAGGUGUUCCACUGUCUGCCUGAGGUGGCUUAUCAAAAUUAGGGUAUAAUCUUUGUUAUCCAGAGUUAUAGAAGAAUAAACCCUUUCCAAGAAUAAUCAUGUCUUCUGAAACACUAAAAUAAAUUGCCUAUUUAAAAAAAUUUUCGGGGGGACGCCUGCACGGCUCAGUUAAGUGUCUGACUCUUGAUGCCCAUAGGUACGUGAGAUCAAGCCCCACUUGGGAUUCUCUCUCCCCCCCUCUCUGCCCCUCCCCUGCUCACACUCCCACUCUCUGUCUCAAAGAAAACAUCAACUUAAAAAAAUUUUUUGUCAUGCCUACCUGGCAGUGUGUUCCAGAUAGUGUGCUAAAAAUUUUUAAAAAGAAUUAAAAAAGAAGCUUUUGAGGA